AUGAAACAAACGAUUAGUGAGAAAAUAUCGAGUGUAGAGAAGCCAUCAGUUAAAAGCAAAAAUCCUCGAUUAUCCUUCUCUAAAACAUCAGACUUAACUCCAAUUGCUUCAAACUUGUACAGAUGUAACUUUAAUAAAACUGAAUUCGAAUGCAAGAAUAAGACAUCAGAAUUUAAGAACAAAGUUGUGUCUGAGUUGAGAAAGAGUAUGUCUCCAACUGGAACUGAUAAUACAUAUAAUGUUCAGUAUACAGGACAGAAAAUUGACAAAGACAUUCCAACAAUUUCAAUGCUACUCAAAAAUAAGGUCAAGAUGUUGAGACGGAAAGACAAGCCAUUCAAUAAGCACAAGUUGGGUGAAUUAUUUCCAAAGAAGAAGCUGUUCCAAAAAAUGCGCGGAAAGACUUGCGUGAUUGUUUCAAGUGCAGGAAGCUUGGCAUCAUCAAAUCUGGGAAAAUUCAUUGAUUCUCAUGACAUCGUUAUGAGGUUCAACCAUGCACCGACAGCAAACUUUGAAUCGGAUGUUGGAAGUAAAACCACAAUCAGAAUUGUUAAUUCUCAAGUUGUUAGCAAGCCUGAGUUUGAUUUCCUGAAUUCGCCAAUUUUCAGAAAUGUUUCUAUCGCAGCUUGGGAUCCAGCAGCUAUGAAUGCAACGCUUCGUGAUUGGCUAAAGGCUCCAGAUUUUGAUUUAUUUACAAACUAUGAAAAGUUUAUGAUCAAUAAUCCAAAAGCUGAUGUACAUCUUAUCGACCCUAGAUCAUUAUGGCACUUGUGGAAAAUUUUGCAAGAUUUUGCAACGACACCAAUUGUAAAAAAUAUUCCAUCGUCAGGAUUUAUUGGCAUUGCAAUUUUAUUGCCUGUUUGUUCUGAACUUGAUAUUGUCGAGUACAUACCAUCAACAAGGUUAAAUGGAAGAUGCCAUUACUACUCUGAAGAAGUAAGUAUAUUCGUAUGA